AUGAAAUUCGAAAUAGCGCAAUCCUGGGCCUUGGCCAGUCUCGCCACGAGUGUCCUUGCAGCACCUCAAAAACGAUCUGCCUGGUCCACACUCCUCGGCCAGUUGGACUAUUACGCACAGUGGUCCACAGCAGCCUACUGCUCUGGAAACACUGAUGGUGCAAACAAGGUCGUUUCUUGUUCUGCCGGUAACUGCCCAGAUGUGCAAGCCGCAAACACGGCACUGCUCAACGCGGCACUGCUCAACGAAUUCGACAACACGAAUUCUUACGGUGACGCAUCGGGCUUUCUCGCAGCUGACAACACAAAUCAACACAUUGUGCUCUCCUUCCGUGGCAGCCGUACUUUCAGCAACUGGAUCGCUGAUAUCAGUACGGCACUUAUUCCUAGCUCACUCUGCAGCGGCUGUCAAGUACACCAGGGGUUCUGGGACGACUACCAGACAGUCGCAUCCACGCUGAAUACGCAAAUUGACUCGGCGCAGAAGGCAUAUCCCGGCUAUGCGCUCGUCGUCACCGGGCAUAGUCUCGGCGGUGCCUUGGCAAUGCUGUGCGGGACGGGCUUGCAUAACCAGGGCUACACGCUGACCACUUAUACCUACGGCCAGCUGCGCGUGGGAAACCUUGCCUUGGCAAAAUAUAUCACGAACGUCGAUACCCAGUGGCGUGUCACACACACUGAUGAUACAGUUCCCAAGCUCCCUUCGAUGACAGCGGGAUUCAGCCAUUCUAGCCCUGAGUAUUGGAUUACCAGCGGCAAUAAUGUGACAGUGACCACCUCCGAUAUCCAGGUAAUUACGGGAAUUGACUCUACUGCCGGUAAUGCGGGUACGACUACUUCGAGUACCUCGGCACAUAACUGGUACUUACUCUAUAUUGACGGAUGCACUUAA